UGGUGCCACGUCCUCACAUGCGCGAGCCAGGUUCGCCUAACCUACUGGCUGACCUUUUUAUUGUUGACUUUCGACCUUCGACUUCGAGGCAGCGCAUUGUUUGUUGAUAAAGUUCCUCCGAACGCUACAUGUACUGGGUUAGUAGGGCCUACGCAAGCUUAACUGUAAAGCUGAACGGAACCCUAAUAUAAAUUUUGUUGAUACUCAAACUUCCACCGUAAUGAAGCGAGCUGUUUCGAAUCAUGGCAGUUGUGAGGCAGUUCUACAAUUCCCUUAGGUCCUUCUCAUGAUUGAAAUCGGACUACGGAGCGUCACUAAACGCACAUGACGUCACUGAUAAGAAUCCACACAAGCGGAUCGCAGUCUAUUAACUUGAACCAUGCUUGAACAAACCGACCUGCUGGCUUGCAAUUAUCUCGUCAAUAUCUCGUUUAGUUGUGGUUUUUAGCAGUAGUCAGGGGUAGCGCAACGCGUGGGCUGCAUGGACACUGUGCUUUUGAGCAUGGUUUGAACAGGAUCAGGAAAAGAGCACUGACAAGAAGCACUUCUACGCGAGUUUCAGAUUUACAGCGAGCAUGGACGACAUUGAGCUGGGCGAGGCUCAAGCUGCCGAGCCAAUUGACACCUCCCGAGACGAUGACCACGAAAGCGCUGCAGAAGAUGAGGAAAGUUGCCCUGUACGAGUGGAGGUUCCGGACUUGGAGCGACCGACAGAAAGCAAAAAGAAAAGGAGGGGAAGUGAAUUCAGUUUGAUGAAGCGGGUCAUUGUCUUGGUGGUAGCCAUCACCAUUGCAAUCACCUUCAUGGUGGUCGUAGCGGUGACCGUGUCCCGCGAUGGAGAGGUGGUGACUACCGGUACCAAGAUGACUUCAGGGAGCUUUCGGAGGGCGGCAGUCGCAGCAGAUGUUGGGAUCUGCUCUGAGAUGGGACGUGAUAUCUUAAAACAAGGCGGCGGCGCCGUUGAUGCUGCCAUAACCAGCCUACUGUGUGUCGGUGUAGUCAACCCCCAAAGCUCUGGCUUGGGAGGAGGUAUGUUCAUGCUGGUCUACCACAAGGACAUGGGCAAGGCCGAAGCUUUGAUGGCAAGGGAAAGGGCGCCGGCUGCCGCAACGGCAAACAUGACCCGGGAAACAUUUGGUGCCACAUCAAUAGCUGUGCCUGGUGAGUUGAGUGGUAUGUGGGAAGCGCACCAGCGUUACGGCCGCCUACCGUGGGGAAAACUGUUUCAGCCCGUGAUUAGUCUGGCAGAGGAGGGGUUCCCGGUCACCGCUCAUCUUGCCCGAGCACUUUCCAUCUUGAGCAGGAGAGUGGCCAAUUGGACUCUUCCCGAGCAUGCUGGGUUUUUAACAAGGUACGCAAAUGAAGACGGCACUUGGAAGGGGGUUGGUGAGACUGUGUACGCCCCCAAGUUGGCAAGGACUUUGCGCGCCAUCGCAAUGAAUGGUGUGAGCGAGCUCAUCAACGGGACGACGGCACAAAGGGUUGUUCAAGAAAUACAAGAUUAUGGGGGACUGAUCACCGCUGCCGAUCUAGCGGAUUACAAGGCGGAGUGGAGGGAGGUCAACGCAGCUCCAAUCGGCCAAGGCCGGAGCGUCCUGACCACGCCUUCACCCUCGGGUGGACCCGUCGUUCAGUUCCUGAUCAAUGUAUUAGGAAAUUACAAAAUUUCAUCAGCUGAUUUUGAGACGACUGAGCGCCAGAUUAAAACCUACCAUCGGUUUGUAGAGGCGUCCAAGUUCGCUUUUGCUUUGCGGAGCUACCUUGGUGAUGUGGAAGCGCCCGAAGUCCAAGAGGUUCUUGAUAAGAUGCGAUCAGAAGAAUAUGCCAAAACAGUUUUUGCGAAGAUACGCGAGGACGCGGUCACCUUCGCCAAUGCCUCCGGGUACGACGCACUCCUCAACACGGCGUCUCACAGCGGGGGUACCUGUCACAUAAGUGUCGUGGACGAGUCCGGAAAUGCUGUAUCUGUCACCAGUUCGGUGAAUUAUUACUUUGGCAGCAUGAUACUGUCGAACACGACGGGUCUUAUUCUAAACAAUGAAAUGGCGGACUUCGACACUCCGUCCAGCCAGCCAGCCUCGUCGGCCAACCACGUGGCGCCCGGAAAGAUACCCCUGUCGGCCAUGAGUCCGGUCAUCGUUGUGAAGGAGAACGGUGGCGCCGAGCUGGUGGUGGGCAGCGCCGGCAGUCGCGCCAUCAUCACCACCAAUGCGUUGGUGGCAUUGCGAUCUGCUUUCACCGACGCAUCACUCAAAGACAUCAUCGAUGACAAGAGAAUUCACAAUCAGCUCCAACCAAAUAAUGUGGCAGUGUACGAAAACGGGUUUCCAACUGAUGUGGUAGACGGCUUGGUCAACAUGGGUCACGUGGUGGAGAGCAGAACCCUGAUUUCCGUCGCACAGGCUAUUAAAAGAUCGGAGGAUGGAUGGACAGCGUACAGUGACCCCCGUAAAAAGGGACAAGCAGCAGGCUACUAGAGCAUCAGUGCAUGGCGUCGAUGCGAAAGCCGUUUGUAGUUAUAGUCCGGUUAGAGUAUCACCGGACAUUGCGAUGGAGAAAGAAGUGCACUGGCAAGACAAAAAAAGAAGGAAUUUAAAGAAUACGCCCUAGGAUGGGAGGCUGUUCACUGAUUGGCCAAGCUCGUCGAUAAACCUCGGGCGGCCAUCUUACUUCAUCCUAGACUUGGUAGCAAGUCGGUAUUGAGUCGGGUUUGUUAUCAACAUGCAAUCCACACGGUACACGUGUACAUGUAUUUGCGCGGAGACGCUGGCCAAAUCGUCCAAGAUCAAUCUGAAAUUGUCCUUGUGUGUUGCUUAUCUCAUGGUUAUAUUAGACCCACACCGAUGGAUUUCGACUGAAGCUCACGGACAAAAGCGGCCGUCUUACGACUUGUCAUUAAGUCUAACUGCAACCAGAACGCCAAAUCUCGAUACAUCCUUUGAGCACUUUAUUGCUACGUGGUGCAUAGAGAAUCUGGCCUCGGUGAUUUUAAGACGAAAUCGGUCUUCAACUCCUUCGAUGUACUCCAGAUUGCGUGGUAUUGGUAGCUUGUUGGAUGAAGCACGAUGGCGGCCGGUGGCUGUAACUUGCCAAAGGCUGUCCUCCCAUUCGGUGUACAGAGAUCAAUGAUGGGCGGCGGUUCGUCGACUUUUCCUCAUUUAUAUCCGUUGCCAACAAUUUGUCGAUUGUCCUAUGAUGAUUUUUAAAAUAAUGAUUUGAAAGUCUGUCUAAUGUUAGGCUCUCAUAUCGCCUGUAUUUUUAUGAGUAUUCUGUUCUGAAUCCAAUUAAUUUUAACCAUUUCAUACUGUGAAGUAGUUACUGUAUAGUUUAAUGUGUAUUAUUAAAAAUUACGCUGUUUACAAUUAAAAAACCACAACAACUUAGGCCCUAUAUUAUUUGACCGCUAUGAAUCUAAUAAAAUAGAAGGUAAUCACAAGUCAAACUUAGCCAUAAAUCUGCUGGACUGACCUUACUCUGUUAUCUUCAGCAGUCUAUCUCCAGGUUGCAAGAUGUUUACGGAAUGGAAUCCUUUGUUACUGGAUAGCCUUCAAAUCGCGGUCUUGAGCUGUGAUUUAUGCCAGUUUGUGUGUCACAGAAAAGUGCUAUGAAGAGAGUGGUAACUGGUGUUGACAAGUAAACUUUUUAUUUCGUUUUCAACAAGUUCAAUCCGAAUGUGCAUGUGGACAGUUCUCUCUUCAAUUUUGUUGCAGCGUCUGAACCUUAAAUAUUUUCUUUUAUAACUCGUUAUUAGUUAAAUACUAUACACGGUUGCAUGGACGCGUUACGUCUUUAAGUGAUUCGUUGAACUAUGGGAUACGUCCAAACUCGUGAAUUACCUAAAGCAGUUUUAUUCGAUUAGUGUUCUUCUUCUUUAAAUGUAGCUGUAUCUUUUAUUAACUCUCAAUAACUACAUUAAUCUGUUCAUUUCGUAAUCGAUUUAAUGUACGCAUUUUUCUUUAAAAGAGUGAUUUUGCCAGUUUUAGGAGCACAGUUUAAGUUCAAGUUUAUAAGAAGUCACCGUCACCACAAGUUGUGCAAAAGUGACAAUAUGUAUUGAAAGCAUUUUACAAAGACUGCAGAACGUUGUCAGAAUCGUGGAGCACUUAAGGAAAUAAGAAAAUAAAGGCGAUUUAUACAAGAAUAAGUUGUAUA